AUGGUUAAGAAGAAAAAAGAGUCGGUGUUUACGAGCGACAGCAAGCUUCGGUGCCCAGAAUGUGAGGAGGACAUUCCUGUUGGUACAGGUGGUAAAGCAAAUCUGGAACAGCAUAUCGGAUCGAGAGCAUGCGAAGCCGCCAUCUCCUCGAGAAGAAAGCAAAAAAACAUACCGUCCAUUUGCUCCUUUUUUGGACCAAAAAUCCCUCUAAAUCCACCAACGACAAGCGCACCCCCGCUCCUUCAUUCAACAGUACAAGUGGUGUCCAGCUCGACAAUCGGACUCGCGCGCCCGAGCAUAUCCCAAGGUGCAAACACACAAAGGGAGCCUUGCCCACUCGCCAUGACCUUACUUUCAAAGCUCAGGGUCAGCGUUGAAAGAAUACCAAACGAGGUCCCGCCCGCCGAUGGGGCUCACCCCCUGGCAGUCUUUGCAGGGGAUCCAGCCGCCUACUUUUUGGACCGAGGAUGUCACGGUUGUGGGGAGGAAGUAAGUUUGAUUGAGAGAGAGGGAGGAGAUGCUAUUGAGUGCAAGGGAGAGGGUUGCGAGACUCUAUGGUUUCACCUGAAAUGCGUGAAGGUUAGCCGUGGAGUAAAGUCUUGGAUGUGUCCGACUUGUUUGGAUAUGGGGGUGAAGCGUCGUCGCAUGUAG